GGGAAAGACUGCAAAUCACAUGGAGUGGAACAGUGACAGCGACGACGGCGACGCGUCUUCUGACGCGUCAAAGUGGCCGUACGCGAGCGCCUUGACUACGCUCACGUCGGACGACUUCCUCCACAAGCAGAAGCUCCCGCGCCAAGUGGCGCCACCGACGAUGACCUUUGGCGACUGCACCUUUGGCUGGCCGCUAACAAAGGCGCAAGCGCAGCAGCUCGAGACGCUGCAUGGCGCCAACGCAAUCAUUCCCGCGUCAGAGCUCCAUGUGCCAGACUUUGACGCGUGGUGGGCGACCAUCAGUGCCGCCGUUCUUGCCCCAGC